CCCCGCCCCCUUCCUCCAAAGUCGCGGCUGCGGGGGCCGCGGCCCGCCAGAGGGCAAUGCGGCGGGGGAGACGGGGCAGGCCCCACCUCCUUUGCCCGCCCUGCCCUCCCAUUGGCCAGAGCGGGGGACAGGAGGUGGAGACCGGCCAGGGGGCGGAGACCAGCUCCCGGGCCGAGCGGUGCGGCUCACGAAAGGCAGCCCGAGCGCGACCAAGUCCGUGCGCGGGGCGGCGGUCAAACUCAGGCUGCCAACCCCGGGCCCACCGGUGCCAUGGACGGCCUGCGACAGCGCUUCGAGCGCUUUCUGGGACAGAGGAACUUGGCCACCGAAGCGCUAGGGGCGCUCGAAGCCAAGACCGGUGUCGACAAGCGGUACUUGGCCGUGGGAGCCGCCACUCUGCUAAGCCUGUAUCUUCUUUUCGGCUACGGGGCAUCUCUGCUGUGCAAUCUCAUCGGCUUUGUGUACCCCGCAUAUGCUUCAAUCAAAGCUAUCGAGAGCCCAAGCAAAGAGGACGACACUGUGUGGCUCACCUACUGGGUGGUGUACGGCCUGUUCGGGCUGGCCGAGUUCUUCAGCGAUCUACUCCUGUCCUGGUUCCCUUUCUACUACGUGGGCAAGUGCGCCUUCCUGUUGUUCUGCAUGGCUCCCAGCCCCUGGAACGGGGCUCACAGGCUGUAUCAUCGCAUCAUACGUCCACUGUUUCUAAAGCACCACGAGGCCGUGGACAGCAUCGUGAGCGACCUCAGCGGGCGGGCCCUGGACGUGGCGGCCGGAAUAACUCGGGACGCCCAAGCAAGCGUGACUCGACUUCAGAAAGUCAAGUGAAGUCCCUGUCCAGCCCCGGCAAAGACCUGCCAGCCGGUAAGCUGGAGGACACAUCGCACCCCAAGUCUUCUGU